AAACUUCAAGAUGUCAGCGUCCUUGAAAAUGUUACAGAUUUGUAGAAGUUGUUUGAAAUGCAGGAGUUCUGUAACCUCUCUGUCAAAUGGGUUUAAAAUAACAUUUCCUACAAGAAGUAUAUUUAGUACAACAAAUUUACUAAGUAGUAAAAAAACAAAUAAUCCUCACCAAGGAGAAAGUGAAGAUGAUUCUAUGGACAAAACAUUACAGUCUGCUGCUGAAGAUUUGUCUAACAAAAUUCCUGGUGAAAAGGGUAGACAUGUAGCUACAGAUUUAAUUCAAAAACUAAAAAUGAUGAAAAUGACAAAACCUGAGAGAGAAGAUACAAAUGGACAACAAAAUUUUGGUUCCAUUUUAAGCAAAAUGACAACAGAUCAAGUCAAACACAAAGAAGAAGGCAGACCAAGGCGUCGAGGCCAAAGAGAUGAUAAGAGAGAUAAUAGAGAUAAUAGAAAAGAAGUGCAGGCUUUGAGUGGUAUGUUUGAUGAUAUGUCAGCAGUUAGAUAUCAAGAUUCAGAAAAUUAUGAUUAUCAUGCAAUGAAAAAGCCCAACCCCCAGGGAGUUGAAAGGAAAUAUCCUGAUAGAAAAUCAGCUGAUCAACGUGGACCUAGGAAAUGGACCAGACAACCAGGAGCAGAUAGAGAUUUCAAACUUUUUGAGGGAGAAAGAUUGGGCAUUUUUACCGCAGAAGGCAUUAAGACUGAAGUAAAAAAAGAAAAAGAAACAUUAUGGGAUGUAUUGGAGAAAGAAGAACUUACAAAGUUACAAACUGCAGCGCCUAAAAAUGGUUUUGAAGAGAUGAUUGUUUGGACAAAGCAAGGAAAGUUGUGGCAGUUUCCUAUUGAUAAUGAACAAGGUUGGGAAUUAGAGCAGAAAACAGGAUUCCAUGAGCAUAUCUUUCUAGAACAUUUAACUGAUGACUUUCCCAAGAAAGGACCAUUAAGACAAUUUAUGAAUCAUGUUGUAGUAGCUCUAUCUAAGAAUGCCUUUAUAACUGCUGAGCAAAAGAGGGAGCAUAUUCAGUGGUUCAGGGAAUAUUUUAUUGAGAAUCAAGAUAUCUUACAAGAAUCACUCGGAGAAAAUGGAUUGAUUAGAAAUGAAACACUAUCUCAAUUAGAAGCUUAAUUUGUAUUUUUAUGGAUAAAUAUAUUGAUUUAAAUAA